UUGUAACGUGUCCUGAAAGAUCUUCUCGUUCGGCUCCAUACCCAUUUCUUUGUGACGACGACAAACAGAGUUGUGGCAUUUGACGACGUGGAUACGGCCAAUUCAUUGGCUGGAUGUUGCGUGUUAUUUCGUGCAUUUGGAGAAACCCUUUGCAAAGCUUUAUAAAUUGUUGCUAGCCGGAGUGUGUUGCCGGAGAGUGUGCUUUCGGUUUGGGUGUUUGUUUGUUAUAUUACACUAGGCUAGACGCAAGUUCAACAACAAACCCAUAACAAUAAAUUCCGAUAGUUCGGAACAAUAGAGGAAGUGCGUGUGGAACACGGCAACGUCUGUAUGUGUGUGUGUUAAUGUUUCGUUAGCGAAUAACGCGAAAGUACGCUAAAAUUCCAGUACACAGUACAUCGUUCGUCGGCCAAUUACUGGUGCAAGUGCAGUAGCAGUGAGUGGUGUGAAGAAAGAUAGAGAGAGAGAGAGAGAGAGUGAUCUAGGUUUAUUAGUUUACUAGUAGAUCGCGCUGUAAGUUAAGCCACCUGUGCUUUUCUGUAAAACAUUCCAUUUAUAACCCCCCUCCCCCUCUCGGGCACAAUCGCAUUGUGGUCUCCGGUGUGAGAGAAGCUUUCCAGCGUACCAAAACCGAGAUCAUAUCGUUCGAUCUUAAGAAAGGUGUAUAACAAAACGAUACAUUACAACACAGCAAAAUGGGGAACGUAUUCGCCAACCUGUUCAAAGGAUUGUUCGGCAAAAAGGAGAUGAGAAUUCUGAUGGUCGGAUUGGACGCUGCCGGUAAAACCACGAUCCUGUAUAAACUAAAAUUAGGUGAAAUUGUUACAACGAUUCCUACAAUUGGUUUCAACGUCGAGACUGUAGAGUAUAAAAACAUUAGUUUUACGGUUUGGGAUGUGGGUGGCCAGGAUAAGAUUCGGCCCCUGUGGAGGCAUUACUUCCAAAACACACAAGGACUUAUCUUCGUGGUCGACAGCAACGACAGAGAGCGUAUCGGUGAGGCCCGGGAAGAAUUGAUGCGAAUGCUGGCCGAGGAUGAGCUCAGAGAUGCCGUUCUACUGAUAUUCGCAAACAAACAGGAUCUACCAAACGCAAUGAACGCGGCAGAAAUCACCGACAAGCUAGGACUACACUCGCUACGAAACCGCAACUGGUACAUUCAGGCGACCUGUGCAACUAGCGGCGACGGACUGUACGAAGGACUCGACUGGCUUUCCAACCAGCUGAAAAAUGCAAACCGUUAAAAGGUGGUUACAGCUCUAGCGCGAGUCGCUGCCGCCGUCGUAAGCCGCCGUCGGCGCAAGCAAAUUAGCUAUUAGCGAAGCGAGCGAAGAAAAGAUAAGAAGGGAAAAGAAGAAGAAAAAAAACACACACACACACAAAUAAACUACAAACACACAACAAAACUGAAAUCAUCCAUUUGACCGAGAAACGGGCGAGCGAGAAGCAGAAGUGUACUCUAGGUGCGUAUCGUCACCGCCGACGAACGUCUCAACUCGAGUUUAUUCAGUUUAUCUUUCUUUUUUUUUUGGCAGAGGAAACGGAACAAUGGGACAGUAUAAGAAGCUUAUAGUGUGUGCAAGAAAGGUAGUGAGAGAGGGGAGAGAGAGAGAUGAGGGAGCGAGGAUUGUAGACAGGCAGACAGGCAGGCAAACAAGCGUGUGUGCGUGUGUGUAGCAGGAAGGAUCGUUUACUAAGUUUAUCGGUAUGUGUGUGUGUGUGUGUGUGCGUGUGUCUGUGGGUGUGAUGGGUGCGUUGUUGCAUUCUGUGUAUGCGCGUGUGUUUCAUGUUGGAAAACCGAGUGACACGAUUUCCCAGAUACUACUACUACUACUACUACUACCACUACUUCUAUCUACCUACCAGAAAGAGUUUAUGAAGAACGAACCUACAUCAAGCAAGCGCUGCCUGCCUCCGAGAAGAGUGUUGUGUUGUGAGCUACUAUGACUGGAGAAUAAUUUAAUCGAACGCGGUCGAUACACACGCACACACACAGACAUCCACCACACAUUCACACAUUUACACACCAAACAACAACAACAACAAAAACACACAUACCAGGCUAAAUACAUUCAACUUAACUACUAGUACGACGAGGACAGCAAACACGAUACGGAUACGGACUACUACUACUACUACUACUACACACACACACACUCUACGUAAGCUUAGUUUAUGGUAGGCAAAGAAAGCGAGCAGAUGCAAGAUUAUUUAACCAGGCAAUGUAAUGUAAUAAGAGUGAAGCGCAUUAUACAAACACACACACUAACACACACUUUCUCUCUCUCUCUCUCUCUCGGGAGGAGUUAAGAGCGAUAGGCAAAUGUGGGGAAAUAUGCUGAUGAUAAAAAGGGCGGACAUUUAAAGGAUGAAAUAUAAGCCUCCUCAAAAAGCGCGAA